AUGGUCCAGAUCACUUUCUGGCAUUCAAGGGUCAGAAGAGCGAGUUCCAAGAGGGCCACGAAAUCAAAAGUCCAUUGCGAAGAAAGCAGUAGCGAGAAAACAGGGGAGAUCAAUCAGUUGGAGAUCUGCGAUCAAGAGAGUGAUGGAGAUUGUGGCAGUGGGGGAGCGGAGGAGUCACCUGGGACCAAUCGGACAUUCAAGGCAGCACACAAAGGAGACAAGAAGGGAGGGGCAAGUCAAGGCUGCAAUCAGGUGGAGGUCGGUCAAUCAAGCGCUUGGAGAUCCUCUUCACAUGAGGCAGAAGUGACAGCGAAUGGGCAAACGAGGGCAAUACUGAGGGGACCAGAGGGCGAAAAGAAUAGCAAGCGUGGCAAUGGUUGGCAAUGGUCGAUCUGGAGAGGAGGAAGUCCUCCAGUGGCAUCAACAAUGCGCCGAACAAGAAUUACUGAUGAAGAGUCAAGAACCAAUGAAAGUCCAUGGAAGUCCAAAAAUCGAAGAGCAAACGAUCAUCCUAGCGAUGGUGCUGAAUUUGCAAGGGAAUUUGGACAUAAAGCUGUUCCAGGAGUGGCGCGAGCAGGGGAGCAGGAGCAUGAUGCCGCAAGCCAAAUGCAGACGUUGUACUUGAGGGCUCGUGAGGAUGCUCAGGCCAGGGUUCAUGCCAGAAUUAGACGGACUACUCAGCCUACGGCGGGUGGAAAGUAUUUUCACUGUGGUAGUAAUGCAUGGCCAAUAAUGUACAUGCUCUUUUCUUUGUCAUUGUUGUUGCUCUUACUUUCUAGUUUUUUCCACUUGUAUUUUUCUCGAUUUUAUUCCCCCGAAUUUGCCCCUAACUUGCCACUUUGGCCUUGGAGCUUUUUCGUGGUAAGAUUCUACGUCUCCGGACUUCUUGUCCGGAAAAAGUUUGUCCAGAUAGAUUGCUAA